AUGUUGCUCGCCCGUAGGCCGGGGCUUCUAUGCCUGCUCUGCCAAUCGAGAGCAUUUAGUACCUCGUAUCGCUUGUUAGCGGAGCAAGGUCCUACUACUACUACGAAGGCUGCAAAGCCCGUCGCAAGUGAUAAUAACCCGGCCAAAACGGAGACACCGGCCUCACCAGCCUCGCCGGCGCCGGCCAAAUUUAUACCGCCUUCCCCGUUACAAGACGCGCCGAGAUCGUACGGCAAACGGAUCGAAGAGUUCACGCCGAAGCCGCUGAGCCGGCCGAUAGGCAUGCCGCAGCCACCGAAACCGGGCGAGAACACAGGCAUAGACAACCGCACGCUAAAACAACGCCGCGAUGAUUUUGUGAACUACGACAAACAUCUGAAGCGGAGAGAGGAACUCAUGAGCAAGAUGUCGCGCCCGUACUUCCGCGACUGGGGCAACCUGCGCUUCCACAAGGGCAAGACGUUCGUCGCUCCGCCGCGGCCCUUCAAAGGGGACCUCUCCCUCUUCUUCCCGAACCUAUUCGGGCGAACGCUUCUAAAGAGCGACAGCAAGCCCCGCGACACGACGCCCGCGCUACAGGAUAAGAUCUCCGUCGUCAGCGUGUUCAGCAGCGUGUGGGCCGAGAACCAGAUCAACUCGUUCGUGUCCAAGGAAGCCAAUCCCGAGCUGGAGACGGUGCUGCAGCAGAACGAGGACGCGGUCCAGCGAGUCUGGAUUAACUACGAGGAUAACUCCAUGAAGGCCUGGCUGAUCAAGCUUUUUAUGGGGGGAAUUAGACGCCGGAUUGGCGAGCCGAAUUGGGACCGGUAUUUCGUUGUGCAGAGGGGGCUCAAUGACGAGAUUCGUGAGAAUACCGGUCUUUUAAAUAGGAGUGUGGGUUACGUAUACCUUCUCGACGGCGAGUGCAGGAUACGGUGGGCAGGUAGCGGUCCCAGCGAGGAUCACGAGCGGGAAGGUCUAGUCAAGGGCGUCCAGAGACUUUUGGACGAGGCGAAGAGCUCCAAGAAAAGUUAA